CCUUAUUCAAAACUCAUAAAAUUGUCUUCUUAAUCUGGAAAUUCACAAUCCAACUAAAGAUAAUUAUAUGUGGACCCAGGUCUAGAACCAAUUGCUCGAAUAACCACUGAAUUGUGAAUGUGUGAAAAUAUUGAAGGAUUUGUUGUGUCGUAAUUUAUAGCUGACAUGGCCUCCUUUGUGGUGGGGUAAUUCUUUAGAAUUAUUCAAGAUGGUUUGUGAAGCCAACGAAACUGAUGUGGACAUUAAGAUACCUGCUGUCAUGAUCCCACAAGAUGCUGGUGCUAGCUUGGUGCAAAGUAUCAAGAAUAACUCGCAUGUUUCUGUUCAGCUGUACUCUCCACAUCGACCAGCAGUGGAUGUAGCUGAGGUUUUUCUAUGGCUAAUGGCUGUUGGUACCAUUUUAUGUGCAUCUUAUUGGUCUGCAUCCACUGCAAGAGAAGCAGCUAUUGAGCAGGACAAGCUCUUAAAGGAUGGUUCUGAUGAGUACCUCAGCAAGGAAAACUAUCGCUCUAGUGGUUUUGUGGACAUCAACACGACAUCAGCAGUUUUCUUUGUCGUGAUUGCUUCCUGUUUCUUGGUUAUGCUCUACAAAUUGAUGUCUUACUGGUUCAUUGAGGUUCUGGUGGUUCUGUUUUGCAUCGGUGGUAUAGAGGGUCUACAAACUUGUUUGGUGGCACUAUUAUCAUGUUUCAGAUGGUUUGAACCUGCCGCAGAGUCAUUUGUUAAAGUACCUUUCCUGGGAGCUGUAUCAUAUUUGACGCUUGCCGUUUCUCCUUUCUGCAUAGCAUUUGCUGUAGUGUGGGCAGUUUUCCGCCGUGUCUCCUUUGCUUGGAUUGGCCAAGAUAUCCUUGUAAGAAUG